AUGCCACCCAGCGCCGCCGCGGAUUCUCCGGAGCACGUUAUGCCUGGCUCGCUGUGGCCGCGGGAGACGGUGAAGGGGCAACUGCCGCCAUUGGUUCCGGCGACAUUGCCCGAGGACGACUCGGGCUGGGAUGCCAAUCUUCUCGGUUCUUUUUACCAAGGUCGCGUUAGAGAACCCGAGCGAAGGCAUAGCGGUUGGGCGGCCGUCGAGAAGAAAUGGGAACAACGCCAGGUGCAAGAAGCAAAACAGACCGAUGAACGGCCGCUUUCCAAAGAGUCUGCAGAAAUUAUGAGCCAACUGCAUCCAGGAUUAUCGCUUCCGCCACCGCGAUUGGAAGCCGACUUUCGCAUGAAGGUUGUGUUGAGCUCUAAUGUAGCAACAUUAGCAGUUGGCGAUGGGUUCAAGAAGUUGACGACCUUUACUGAAGGUGUUUGGUCUGGAAAUGUUGGUACUGGAAGUGUUGUGGAUGGUGGCCAGGAUAGCGUGGACAUGAGUUUUGGGAAUUCUUAUGGCACGCAAGUUGAGGCAAAAUUCAAGUUAAAGACAAACGAUGAGCCACCCGCCAUCAUCGAAUGCAAAGCUCGCGGCGUUCGCACUGGAUCCGAAGCUGUUAUGAAUGCCCUGGAGCAUGAGGAGCAGGCACUCGCAAUCGACCCAAGGCAAUAUCGGCACCGCAUGGUAAUCAAUAUGAGGACAAAUGAUCCGCGGUAUGCAGACAAGGUCAAUUUUGAGAUCUGGGUGGGCACAUGCCUGUGGCGAGGAUCUGAACUCAUAUAUGACGCCUAUAAAAUCCGGUAA